AUAAUCCCAAGUCAUGUUUCGUGACUUUCAAGCCACACUUGUUUGGUUUCAAGAAAUUCUUUAAAAAAAAGGGCCAUAAAGAUCCCAAAAAUUCCAACGGAGAGAGCCACGAAAAGAUUUAAGUUGAAAAGUUUGAAGAAUCUUGAUCUCGGGAAGUUGUUUUCCAGCAUCUUCUUCCUCAUCUCCGUCAAUUCCGCCGAACAAAACCCUAAAUCCACCGCGCCGCCGCCACAGCCACCAUGUCUACCUCCUCAUCUGAUGAACCCCUAAACCCAGAACCAGAACCCAUCGCUGAAGCACCUAAAAUACAAGGAAACGAAAAAGAAAACGAAAACAAAAACCUAAAUCCAGAAUCCACAGAUCCAUCCCCAGUAGACAUAGAAAAAGGAAAUCAAGAGGGGGAAGAAGAAGAAGAAGGAGAAUGUGGAUUUUGCUUGUUCAUGAAAGGGGGCGAGUGUAGAGAAACAUUCAUCAACUGGGAAAAAUGCGUUGAAGAAGGCGAAAAGAACGAUGAAGAUAUCGUGAACAAGUGUUUUGAUGCUACAUCAGCUUUGAAGAAAUGUAUGGAGGCUCAUCCGGAUUACUACGGCGUGAUUUUGCAAGCAGAAAAGGACGCUGAGCAAGAAGUACACAAUCAAUUAGAUCAGGAAAAAGAAGAAAAGGUUGCAGUAGAUUCAAAAUCAGAGGAUCAGCAACAAAAACAGGAAAGUCAAUGAUUUUGAACCGAAAUUUUGAGGUAAUUGAGAGAAAUAACUGAGAAUCGUUUACAUGAUUUUGUUAAAUUCAGAAAUAAAGAUACUAUAAUCCAAUUUAUACUGUAGAGCCAAAUGAUUGAAUGGCUAUCCUGUUUAACCUUUUUGUGAAUUCUACCAUGAAUUUUGAUUACCCCAAAUUGAUUAUGUUAUACAUAGAAUCUUAGAUUUUAA